AUGACUUCUGAAGAACAACAACAACAACAAUCCACCAACCCAAAUGCAAAGGAAGAACUCAAUCAAAAUGAUUUGAAUCAAAUAAAAGAUAUUGCACAAAAAAUCCUUAAUCCUAACAAUAAUAACCCCACCAUGAAUGAAUAUAUUCAAAGUACAUUCGCUUAUAUUGGUACCGCUUUGAUGAAAAUGCAAACUACUAAUGAUAAACAAGCUACUGCCAAAGAAAUUGCUGAUGAUUUAACUCAAAGAUUCGAAACUUGGGUUCAAAACAGAGAGGCUGAACAGAAGAAACAACAAGAAGCUGUAACAACAGAAGACAAACCAGCAAUCACUGAUAAAAAAGAGUAA